AUGUGGUUCACCUACUUGCUGGUCUACUUCCAUUCGGUGCUGGGCUACAGCACCCAACAUGCGGGGGCGCUGCUGCUGGCGGGGCAGGUGGCCGACGGUAUCUGCACGCCCCUGGUGGGCUACGAGGCGGACCAGGCCGGCGGGUGUGGGCGCUACGGGCGUAGGAAAUCGUGGCAUCUGGCUGGGACCAUCUGUGUUCUGCUUUCCUUCCCCUUCAUCUUCAGCCCAUGCAUCGGCUGCACGGAGAGAACACCUGAGUGGGCUGCGCUCAUCUACUUUGUCCCAUUUAUUGUCAUCUUCCAGUUUGGCUGGGCAGCCACCCAAAUCUCUCACCUCUCGCUCAUACCAGAGUUGGUCUCUAGUGACCAUGAGAAGGUGGAGCUCACAGCUUUCAGGUACGCCUUCACUGUCAUGGCCAACAUCACGGUGUAUGGAGUUGCAUGGCUCCUCCUGCACUUCCAGAUCGAUCCCACAGAGACAAAGAAACUCACCCAGCACCUCGGGCGCCAUGACAUUCCUGUCUUUCAGAACCUGUCCCUGAUUGUGAUAGGGCUGGGUUCCAUUUCUUCGCUCCUCUUCCAUCUUGGGACCAAAGAAAAGACACGGACAGUUUCCAGAUUGCCCGAUCCAGAUGAGCAUAGUCCCCUGUUGCCUCUAAACCCAAAGAAGCCCAUUCGGACGGUCCUUCUUUGGAAACACUGGUUUCUGGAGCCUGCUUUCUACCAGGUGGCAAUGCUGUACAUGUCCACCCGUCUCAUUGUCAACCUUUCUCAGACAUACAUUGCAAUGUAUCUCACCAACUCACUAAUGCUUCCAAAGAAAUACAUUGCCACAAUCCCGCUGGUGAUGUAUAUUAGUGGCUUUCUCUCCUCCUUUUUGAUGAAAACUGUGAACAGACGGAUUGGCCGAAAUCUCACCUACUUUCUGGGACUGCUGGUUAUCAUGGCCUUUGCCUCCUGGGUGGCCCUAGCUGAGCAAAUGGGCAUAGAGGUGUACGGGGCUGCUGUUCUGCUUGGGACCGGGUCGGCCACCAUCCUGGUAACAUCCCUCUCCAUGACAGCUGAUCUCAUCGGACCCCACACGCACAGCGGCGCAUUCGUCUACGGGGCCAUGAGCUUCACUGAUAAAGUCGCCAACGGAUUGUCGGUGAUGAUUAUCCAGGACCUGCAUCCAUGUCCGACUCAGCUCUGUUGCAACGGCUGUGUGAACUUCUACCAUUGGGUAAUGGUCUCGGUUACUGGGGGCACGGCAAUGGUGGCUGCACUGUUCCUAGCCAGCAUCAUGAUCUGGCCAAUCGCCAUCCGUUCCCGACUAACCGGGGUGAAUUCCAAAGACCACCAGUAUCUUGAGGAAGGAGAACCAGUGGCUGUGGUGAACUGAGACCUCUGAAGGAACAAGCUAGGAUAGGAUGGAAUUGUGACAGUGCGGCAGCAUGGAAAUCCAAAGAGCUGUUUCAUCCAGCUUGAAUUUGCCCUUAUUUGCUCUUCAGACCGAACAUUGACAAUCCCAGCAUAUUUUGCACAAAUACAGGAAGAUCUUUUCUUUUGACCACUUCAUUCCCCCAGUUGGUCCUUUAUGCAUCUAGUGAAGAACUAGCAAUGAAGCAAUUUGUUCCACCACCUAAUCCACUCUCCCAUUCCCUUUUUCUACUUAUUUGUAUAUAAAAAGUA